AUGAGAGAUGAACACCACAAGGGGAAAACAUUUUGGAAUCUAUUCAUGGAGAAUCACAAAACAUUGCUUAAGAAUGCAGAGAAGUGGGUGAAGGAUACAACAAAUUCAUGUAUGAUCGUCUCAACUCUAAUUGCCACUGUAUUGUUUGCUGCUGUUUUUACUGUGCCUGGAGGGAAUGAUGACAAAACUGGAUUCCCAUUGUUAUUAGGAAAGGACUCUCUCCUGGUUUUCACAAUUUCAAAUGCGUUAGGUUUGUUCUCCUCCAUGACAGCCAUCUUGCUAUUUCUGGCCAUCAUAACUUCGCGGUACGAGGCGCAAGAUUUCCUUUACUCGUUGCCUAAGAAGAUCAUAACGGGCCUUGGUUUUCUCUUCCUUUCCUUAGCUUUCAUGCUGGUCGCCUUUUCUGCAACGCUCACAAUUGUGCUGGAUAAGAGAGUGGAGUGGGUUCUCAUUCCCAUCACUUUGCUGGCCUCUCUCCCCGUGGCUUUAUUUGUUGUACUACAGCUUCCCCUACUACUCCAAAUGUUUAGAUCCACUUAUGGGCAAAGCAUCUUUAGUGCCGAGGACAUUUGGAGUGAGGCAUAA